AGCUCUUGGGGCUCAUGACGUUUGGCAUCCGCCAUGUGGUGGGAGGUCUCGCCCUGCGCCGGGGCGAUACUGCGCAGAGACAAGGAUUCUUCGGAACCAAGCAACCACUGUUUGGCGCCGACUGGCAGCAGUGGAAACUUUGCUCGAGUCUUUUGGAACCCGAUGGCUGGACCAUGAAUGAUGUCUGGACCUAUACCUGGGGAGCUCAUGCCAGUCAUGCACUGGAUUUGGGAGUCACACUUCUAUGCUAUUGGCUCUUCUAUUCCAGUGGCAGUUGGUUGGUGGAAUGCCGGGAGUGGAGGAUUGGUUGGGUGUCCAGUAUCUUUCUUUUCAAUUUAGCCUGCGAAGUCAUCAUCUGCAACUUUUGGCACUAUUUCAACUACGUGUCUGACCUGUAUGGGACCCUGGUGAAACGCGGCAUCAAGCACAACCCGACUAACCAAUACGAGCCUCAAAGUGACGAAGCAGGUAUGCUCACCUCGUCCACCGGUCAAUUAGAGCGGGAAAUUACCUUCACGACCCUCGGGUGGCUGCAAUCUGCCUUGUGGCAGUGCAUCUUUACCAACCUCUGGGCCAAAGGGGCCCUCCCGAUCUAUGCCAACUUCUUUGAAUAUCCAGUGUACAGCCUCUUUUUGAUGUGGUUUGUCGCAUACUGGCGGGAGAUUCACUUCUAUUGUGCUCAUCGUGGUAUGCAUCCUUGGUGGGACCGCGAAAACGGACUACUCAGCGGUGACAUUGGUGCGUUUCUCUACCGACAUGUGCAUUCGCUGCAUCAUAAGUCCUACAACCCGGGUCCAUGGAGUGGACUGAGCAUGCACCCAGUGGAGCAUUUCUUCUACUAUUCAUGUGCAACCCUGCCGCCUUUGUUCAUUUCAGUUCAUCCGCUCCACUUCUUGUACACCAAGUUCCAUGCAGAUAUCGCCCCAAUAGGAGGCCAUUCGGGCAUGGAUGAGCCGGUAGCAGGGUCUGACUACCACUACCUUCACCAUGCGAAGUUCGAGUGCAACUAUGGUGUACCAUUUCCUGUGAACCUGGACAAGAUCUUUGGGACAUGGGUAGAUUGGGAGAUUUACAAAAAGACUGGAGAGAUGAACGUGAAUGCCUGGAGCAAGCAGCAAAUGCACGAUCCCGAUGACAAAGUCACAUCCCUGUUGAAAGCAGGCCAGAGGCAAAUCUCCAUGGAGGAGCUGGCAACACAUUCCAAGCCUGGAGACUAUUUCAUUGCGCUCUACGGACAAGUGAUUGACAUUUCCAACUUUAUCUCCAAACAUCCUGGAGGGGAGAAGAUCUUAGUGGCCAACGCCGGAAAGGAUGCAACUCAAAAGUUUGAAAGUAUCCAUGCCGGCUCAGGGGGCUUCGAUUUGGUCUCCAAAUGGUGUCCGGAAAGCAUCGUGGCUUCGCUGAGCGAUUGGAAGGGCCCAGCACCGCCUCUGCUGGCUGUGAGGAAGUACCCUGGGUCUCUCAUGUUGUGGCCUGCGGUGGCUCUCUUUGCAGCCGGAGUUGCGUCAGGCCUCUGAGGUGGUUGCCAUGGUGGCAACAUGAAACCGACUUGGGAUUGCCAAGGGAAAA